AGUAACUCCGAUCAUAUGGUACAAACACUUGGUAUUUCCCCUUAUUGUUACUGUAUACUCGAUCAGUUGGUGACUCGACCUCUAGUGCCAUGGACUGUAGUGGUUUAUUACCUAUGGUUCUGUCUCUUAUUUUAAUACAAUCUGCAAAAUCAAACGUUCUUGUUGCGUUUGUUGGGGAAACUUUGUCCUUAAGAUGUAAAGUGACAACUUCAUACGUACAGUUUGUCUGGGUAAAGGAACAAACAACAAUGGCCUCGGGGCCACCGGAUGAGGUGAUAUCUGAACGGACCAGGGUGACACUUAGCAAACCUCUGGCUGGAAUUCGUGAGCUCACAAUAAAUGACGUCAGAACUUACGAUACAGGGUAUUACUUAUGUAUUGUAACUCUUAACAACGGUACCAGACUUACCUAUUCGAGUAUAGUACAGGUGAAAAGUCAACCCAGCAUAGGUAUAUUGUAUUAGUAAAACUUAUACGUACACUAUUUUUUAAGACAAUCAAUUUAUUUAAAUAAUUUAUUAAGCAAUUAAAUUAAGUUCUUGUACUUUAAUUGAGCACAUAUAGAUGAAAUUUAAAAGAAAACAAUAUGAAUAAAAAUAUAAAUUCACUUUCUUAGUGAUAUACUUGUGCAAAUAACAUUUGAUUAUUA